CUCAAAAAACUCUUUAUCUUAAUGUUCUCGAACUUCCCUAUUCUUAUAUACUAAACCAAUUCCCAUAAAGGCUCACAAUUUCUAUAUCUAAAUACAUUUAGAGAAUCUCCACUCUCCAAAAGGUGCGCUUUUCAUUUUUGUGCAUGUUUCUCUCUGCAAACAAACCUCGCUACAUACUUUUCUUUUUAACAGUUGUACUAUAAGUCUAUUACAAUGUCCUCGUCUUCCCCGGAGCGGGAGCCAGAGCAGACUGGAGUAAAGAAGAAACCUAAUGGUACAGGACGGAAGAAGAUUGAGAUGAAGAAAAUAGAGAAGAAUUCAAGUCGAAAAGUUGCAUUCUCGAAGCGACGAAAAGGUUUAUUCAAAAAGGGUAGUGAACUUUGCCAGUUAUGUGAUGUGAUGAUCGCUAUAAUUGUGUUUUCUCCGAAAGGGAGAGUUUAUAGUUGUGGCUACCCGUCUGUUGACCGUGUUAUUGACCAGUUUCUGAGUGAAGAAGAUGAAGAACAACAACAACAACCAGAAGAUCAAAAUCAAUACAAUGUGGGUGAUGAAAGAGGGUCUAUCAUUUCCUUAUCACACGAAGAAGAGAAUUUUGAUUGUGUAUCAGAGAAUUCCGCCGAAGAAGAAGAAGACGAAGAGGAGGAGGAGGAGUAUUGGUGGGAGGAGGACAUAGAAGGCUUGGAGUUGGAGGAACUAGAGAGAAGGAGGGCUUGUAUGGAGGAGUUGAGAGACAAUAUGGCUUCAUCACUUGAGGAGAUGAUGGGGCGUAGAUUUUGUGAGAGGGACCUUCUAGGAAGUGAGAAGGUCCCUCGUUAG